AUUGUGCAUUAGCUAGUGUAUAGGGUGUCAUUUGGUUAAGCCUUUUCGCUAGUGAUAUCUAUUGCUACAUCUCCAUUUAUACGAUAUACCAACACUUGAAGAGCUUGGAUAAAAUAAGGAAUGAAUACAUUAGAGGAAGUAUGAAAGUGGCGCCGGUGUCGGAGAGGCACGUGAUUCAUGCGAUCAUAAAGGGUUUAGGUGAUGACAAUGAUGCUGUGCAAUCUACGAGGCUACCAUACGGAGGAGAUGCUGGUAUAAAACAGACUACAACAGAACAUGUAUCUGUACAUGAGGUGACCACUCAUUCUGAAGAUAAAUACAUAAGUACAGCACCAGCUCACUGGAGUCGUAACCAACCCAAGAGUCAUUCUCAAUAA